UUUUAUAUACCUGCAGUUAUAUCUUACAAUCGUUUUCUUUGGUAAUUGGUACGAUAAGUAAGGAAAUUAUACAUACUUUACCCACAUGUUGUAAUUUGUUUUGCUGAAGUGCAGAGACGCUGAACGUACUCAAAACUUAAAUUGUACCUAAUUAUUAGUACCUACUGUAUUGUAGGAAGUUAUAUCUAUCUAAAUAAAAUCAAUCGAUUGAUUUGAAAAGGGAUAUAUCCACUGAUAGAUACCAUUCGAAAUCUCCUCAUACCUUUACCGAAAAAAAACCGAUCCUAAUGUAUUCUGUGAAUGUUGGUGCUAUUGGUGCCCAAUGCUUAAUUUGGGGAGAAGAUAAACAUUUUUUUAAAAUAAUGUAACCGAUUUAAUUUGAUUUCUUUUAAUUACAGUAUGACAAAAUUAUUUAUCUCUAAAUCUUUAGGAAUAAUAAGUAAUAUACCAAAGGUUGACAUUAUCUGCUUACGAGAUUUAAAAAAACACUAUUCCGUAUGCCAUUUAUUAUACCUAUAGGUAGUGCAAUUCACUUUAGCACAAUGAAAAAACGUUAUCGGAAUUCCAUUAUUUUACUAACCGUUUUGAACUUCAUUCAUUGCAUUUGCUACGAAAUAGUAUUUCAUGAAAUAAAAAUUAACCCAGUGGCAUUAAUAAACGAAUUUGCGGCAGUGAUUGAUAUUUUAUCUAGUGAAAAAGCACCUGACAAUGAAGAUGUCCAUUUAAAUAUUACCGAUUUGAUUGUAAAAUAUGGCUAUCCAGUGGAACAACAUCACGCGAAAACAGACGACGAUUACAUUCUUACAAUGUUUAGGAUCCCGAGAAGCGGUCCUGCGGUUUUUCUUAUGCAUGGUAUGUUACUUAGUUCUGAUGACUGGGUGACCAACGGACCUCAUAACAGCUUGCCAUAUCUACUAGCAAUGGCCGGAUACGACGUUUGGUUGGGAAAUGCUCGAGGUAAUAAACACUCUAGACAACAUGCCAAAAUAUCACCAGAUACGCCCGAAUUUUGGAAUUUCAGCUGGGAUGAGAUUGGUCGCUAUGACUUACCCACCAUGAUCGACUAUGUACUUUCAACUGCAAAGACGGAAACAUUGGCAUACGUGGGGUAUUCCCAGGGCACCACAAAUUUCUUUGUUAUGGGAUCUGAGAGACCAGAAUAUAAUGAUAAAGUUUCGACUAUGAUCGCACUAGCACCAGUAGCCUGGUCGUCGCACAUGAAGAGCCCGUUUGCAAGAAUGGCAGCUCCAUUGAGUUAUUACGCAACGAUAAUUAUCAAAAUGUUGCAAAUGUACGAAAUCCUGCCGAAGCCAAUCAAUUACCUUUAUAAAAAUACCCCGCUGUGUAAUAUAGGGAAUGGUAUAGUUUGCAGCACAAUUUUAUUCAUCCUCGGUGGAUUUGACUAUGAACAAAUUAACCAAAGGAAUUUGCCAGUGAUUUUCGGACACAUGCCUUCUGGUGCUUCUAUAAAUCAAAUUACACAUUAUUUACAAAAUAUGAUGUCAGGAAAAUUCCAGAAAUUCGAUCAUGGCGAGGACAAGAAUCUACAACUAUAUGGGACUCGCAAGCCCCCUUCAUACGCAGUAGACAAAAUCAGAACGCCUGUUGCCUUGUUCUACGGUGAAAAUGAUUGGUUUUCUGAUGUCAAAGACGUCAAAAUUUUGAACAAGAAGUUACCAAAUGUUGUAGAUUUGUAUCACGUCCCUUUGGCAAAAUGUAAUCACGUUGACUUUCUAUGGGCGAAGGAUGCCACACGUCUUAUAUAUGCCAGAGUCCUGGAAUUACUCAGAUUUGGGAAUAAAACUAAUGGUCUGUCGUGUUUUUCUGAAACUUGUAAAAAUAUAAACGGCGUGGACCAUCACCUAGAUAGUUAAAAGCUCGCGGCACACAAAGGCGCCUAUAGAUUGUAGGUUGGUUGACCCUACUCAACUGCUGCAGGUUUUCUUAUGCAAAUAUAAUUUUAGAACAAAGUGCGGUAACAGGUCAUUCGCUAUUCCGUCUUGAUUGCCAAGUGGACUAUCGCCAUCAACAUCUCUGAGACUUUUCAGGGAGUAGCGAAAUAUACAAACAUGAACCUGGUCUUCGACCGGGUGUGUAAUACCGCAGAUAACACAAUUUAACUACCGACGGUAAUUUUAAGUGUACGGCAAAUUAUGUUGGAAUGCAAGAGCACACACUCUUCACAGCAAUAUCAAAUAUAAUGUUUAUUGUAAAUGGAAACCAUUGAUGGAAACCAUUUCAAAUAAAAAGAAGAAACAUAGCAACCUAGAUUUAAAUUCCUCUCACACGUUGGGAACAGGAAAUGGUUUGUUACGGAAUUAGGUACCUUAACGACAUUCAAACCUCGGAACAUAAUAUAAGCA